AUGCCCAUCGUCGCCCGCGCGCGACGCGCCGAGGCGUGCGUGCCGCAGCGCCUGCUCGUGGCCGACGACGUCGACGGUCUGCGCGAGUGGCUCGACGCGCGACCCGAGGGCGACGACGAAUUGCUCGCGCGACGCGCGGCGAGGUCCGGGAAGGCGCCGCUGCACCUCGCGGCGUGGCGAGGGUCGCUCGACGUGGUGAAGUGCGUGCUGGAGAGGGGAGGGGCGAUCGAUCAGAUCAGCACGGGGCGACACAACUACGGAAAGACGGCGGUGUUUUACGCGACGACGCGAUGUCGCGACGACGUCGUGCUGUACCUGCUGCAGCGCGGGGCAAAGGUGAAAAUAGUGAAUAAUAAGGGACAAAGCGUGCGAUCGUUAGCGCUGUCGCACUGCGAAAGGGCGACGAUCGAGGCGAUCGAGGAAGCCGAGCGGCGAGAGACGACGUGGUGGAAUUUUCGAGCGUCGCACUCGGACGGCUUAAAGUACGGCGACCUGGAUGAGCGAUUUUUUCCGGAUGAGGUGGCGAACGAACCGGCUCGGGGGGUGUCGACGAGGGAAUCUCGUCGAGGCAAUUUUAGUCGAUUGAAUAAAGGAGUGUCGUGGGAUAAUCCCGACGGUAUUGAUCGUUCGCUGGAGCGAAAAGCGGCGGCGAAGCAGAAGCGAGAAAAAGACGCGGAGACGGCGUGGGAGGAGUUUGGGACGUUGUUGCGGGACCAAAGAUUGUCGAAAGACGUCGAAAGUGACGCCAUGGUUGAGUUAGUGGCGAAGAUAUUGCGUGCUGAGACAGCCAUUGCGGUGAGCGGGGAGAAGCCGGAUGUUUCUUCGCGCGCCGCGGAGACACUCGCGGGCGUCGCCGACGACGAUGGCAAUUUAUCGAUAUUGCGAGCUUUGAGAAGGCGCGUAGAACUGCGUGUAGGAUUUUAG